AUGGGGAAACCACGGAUGAUUAUUCUUGUCCGACAUGCGCAGUCAGAAGGAAACAAGAACCGCGAUAUUCACCAGACAACCCCCGACCACCGAGUGAAACUCACAUCCGAAGGAUAUCGUCAAGCUCAAGAAGCAGGCCGAAAACUACGAGACCUCCUGCGCCCCGAUGAUACUCUUCAUUUCUUUACAUCUCCAUAUCGCCGGACGAGGGAGACAACCGAGGGAAUACUGGAAUCAUUGACCUCGGAUUCCCCGCAUCCUUCACCGUUCUCCCGGAACACAAUUCGAGUCUACGAGGAACCCCGCCUACGAGAACAAGAUUUUGGAAACUUCCAACCAUGUUCAACAGAAAUGGAGCGCAUGUGGAUGGAGCGGGCUGACUACGGUCACUUCUUCUACCGCAUUCCCAACGGCGAGUCUGCAGCAGACGCAUACGACCGCGUGAGUGGAUUCAACGAGUCUCUGUGGCGAUUAUUUGGCGACGAAGAUUCUGCCAGUGUCUGCGUUAUCGUGACACAUGGUCUCAUGACUCGAGUGUUCCUAAUGAAGUGGUAUCACUGGAGCGUAGAAUAUUUCGAGGACCUCCGCAACAUCAAUCACUGCGAGUUUGUGAUCAUGACCCACAAUGAAGACAACGGGAAAUACACAUUACAGAACAAUUUGCGGACUUGGUCUGAUCUACGGAAAGAGAGAGAUGCCGAGAAGAAGCGUGAGCGGGAGGCCCAAGGACUGAGUCCUACUGCUGCCAUAGUCCCGGCGGAGCAUGUUCCCACGCGGCGAAAAUGGGGUGGAUGCCCUGAUGGAUGCAAUCAUGGCUUAUCUGCAGAUGCUAAAAAGUCCCUCCGAGUUAGAAUGGUCGAGACCAUGCGCUACGAGAGUGGGAGCGGGAGCAAUAAGGAACCUCUCGAACCGAAAUCCGCUACUUCGGCUUCGUCCAAAGAUACAGAUCGAGUAUACAAAUUUCCAAAUGACAACAACGCUCAACAUGCCUCCAAUGCCGACGAAGAUAAUGAGAACUCCGAAAGCGACCACGCACAAGCCAACCCUCGACCCGAGGCCGAGGCUGAAGAAGCAAAACGAUACAGAACAGGCGACUCUAGCUCCGACAUACAGACCAAAAUCACUCGCCCUGCUCGGCCAGCUCUGCAAGGUCUACACCACAGCGAAGACCACCUGCUCCACCCACCUGCUAUGUCAUCAUCCACAACAAACCUAAAGCUCGCUCUUCUUCACCUCAGAGGUCGCGACGGGGGUGGCUCCAUGAGCGGCGCAAACAGUCUCGCCCCAUCCGACGACGAAGGAGAUGACCACAACCCAACCCCACAACCGGUCUCUGGGUAUCUCCAGCCAAAGACCGUCUUGAACCGCCCUUCUCAAGAUGCUGAAGAUGACGGAGACGACGAGCUCAGCGCGGCACCCACCGAAGAGAUGAAACGUGUUCGACUUCACAGCAAUCACUACACACACCAUCAUAAUCACUACCAUCAUCACAGCCUCGAAUCAAAUAACCAUGUAUCCCACCACCGCCACAGCUCUUCCACAAAUUCAUCGCAGCCACCGCACCGCAUGGCCAAUAUCUUGGGGGAUGGAGAUGACGUCUCGACACACUCGGACGGCCAUUCCCCCGAGCCAAGUUAUCAGGAGCACGAAACAAAGCCAAGAAACAACGAGACUCGGAAUGGAUCUGGGCCGGAACAAGAAACUGAAACGCAUUCACUGGAAGAACAGCAACGAGAAGACCAGAGUGUUCGAGGGAGCAUAUAUUGA